UAUUUUACUAUUGUACAUGUAUAAUAUGUACAUUCUAAACUACGUAGUAGUAAACUACGUAGCAAAUAAUUGAUAAUUUUUUUCAAAGUAAAUCAAGGUAAUUUAAAAUGUUUGUUUGAAACCGUGUUUGAAACACAAACGAGAUACGAAGAACAUACAGUAUUUGAAGUGAAAAGCAUUUAAAGCUGCUAAAAGCUAUAUCUUGUGAUAAAUUUACCUAACUAUGUUUUUAUAUUUACCUAACGAUAUUAAGAUAGUUUAAAUUGUAAACAAAGUCGGUAGUUUGAAGGUCUAGAUUUUUGUGAUUUCAAUUUAUGAUAUGAUUUUAUCUGUAAUCAUAGUUACGUGCAAGAAUAAAUAAUACUCAUCGUGAAAGUAUUUGUAUAAUAUAAGUAUAAUCAGGUAUAAUAUAAAAAUUUUCUGAAAUAUAAGAAAUACAAUUAGAAAGAUAUUGGAGAAAUAUUAUUAAGAAUGACGCAAUCUCAACAAAUAAUUGAAGAAUUAUAUGAUUCUUACACAAAAACUGCUGCUAAUAUUAUUGUUUAUUAUGAAGGUAAUGAAAUGGACGAGAAGUUAAAAGAACUAAAAUGUAUAGUAAACAACAAUAGCGUUCAAGAUAAAAAGUUAAAGUUAUUCAGGGAAAGAAAGAAUCAAUUAUUAAAUUUAAAUAAUGAUGAUGAUAAUGAUGACAAUCAUAUGGAGCAGAGUGAUACUGAAAACCGCUUGAAUGAAUAUAGACUAAUUCUCUCUAAGACUGAUAAUGAUACAUCGAAAGAUGAUAAACUUAUAGAAUUUGAUAAACAUGUAGAAGCACUGCUAGAUGGAGUAGCACAGAAAGAAAAUGAUUCAGAUGCAGAAAUACAGUUAAAGGGGGGCUAUGUAAAUGUAAUUGACCCAAUCUCUAAGAAGAGAAUUGUGGAUCCUGUGAAGAAUACUAUAUGUGGUCAUACUUAUGAUCAAGAAAGUAUUAUGCAGUUAUUGAAAAUUAAUAAGAAGACAAGGUGUCCUGUUAUAGGUUGCAAAAGUACAGAAUUUGUACAACUUUCGCAACUUCGUCCAGACAUUGUAACGAAAACAUAUCUAGAGAAACAUCCAGAAUAAGGUUUUGUGUGUGUGUAUUACAAAUUAAAUAUUUAAAUGAUACAAUAUUUUGCAACAUGAUAAAUAUGACCUAAGAUUUAAUGUUUACACAUCAUUAAAACAAAAAUAAAAACUGCACAUGAUGUUUCAUGUAUCUGAAUA